AUGUGGCUGUACCUGCUGGCCCUCAUGGGCCUGUACUACCUUCUGCGCUGGUACCGGGAGAGGCAGGUGGUGAGCAACCUCUCAGACAAGUAUGUCUUCAUCACGGGCUGUGACUCGGGCUUCGGGAACCUGCUGGCCAGGCAGCUGGACCAGCGGGGCUUGAGGGUGCUGGCUGCGUGUCUGACGGAGCAGGGGGCAGACAAGCUGAGGGCCCUGGCAUCAAGCAGGCUGGAGACCGUGCUUCUGGAUGUCACCAAGACAGAGAGCAUCGCUGCGGCCACCCAGUGGGUGAAGGAGCGCACAGGGCACAGAGGACUCUGGGGCCUGGUCAAUAAUGCUGGCAUCUCUGUGCCCGUGGCCCCGAAUGAGUGGCUGAGCAAAGAGGACUUCAUGAAGGUCUUGGACGUGAACCUGCUGGGGGUGAUCGAGGUGACCCUGAGCCUGUUGCCCCUAGUGAGGAAAGCGAGGGGCCGCGUGGUCAAUGUCUCCAGUGUCCUGGGCCGCGUGUCCCUUAUUGGAGGGGGCUACUGCAUCUCCAAGUUUGGCGUCGAGGCCUUCUCGGACUCCCUCAGGAGGGAGCUCUAUUUCUCUGGGGUGAAGGUGGCUAUCAUCGAGCCUGGUUACUUCAAGACCGCUAUGACCUCUGCCCAGAAUAUUUCUCACAAUUUACAAAAUGUAUGGGAUCGGGCCAGCCCAGAUAUCAAGGAGAUCUAUGGGGAGAAGUUUCUGGCAUCAUACAAGACAUUCAUGGCAAUGCUGGAUCCACUGUGUCCUAACAAUCCGUCCUUGGUGACGGACUGCAUGGAGCAUGCCCUGACCGCCUGCCACCCCCGCACCCGAUACUCAGCUGGCUGGGACGCCCAGUUCAUCCACAUCCCCAUGAGCUACUUGCCGACCUUUCUGAUGGAUGUCCUGUUCGCCUGGCUCUCCCCAGGGAGCACCGUGUUCCUUCACAGACACCUGAAGUGCUUUAUAGGCCGAGAUUGGUUUGAAAUUGAGGAUGUAGAGACUUCAGGGGAAUCUUAUGAGGAGAAGUCAGCAUUCCUCCUGAAACAGAAUGUGAAGUAG